UCUUUUUUGUUCUUUCUUUUUGAAAUUAGUCACGAUUCACCGAACCAAAUACAUUUUGUAUAUUUUUUAUUAAAUAAUAAAUCGUAUUUGAUUUAAUAAUAAUUAUUAUUAGUAUAACUUAAUACUAAAGAAUCUUAAGAUCUUUUGUACUUACUUUCCGUAAAUCGAACUACUUUAAAAAUGCAGGAUCCAAAUGAAGAUACCGAAUGGAACGAUGUCCUCCGUGCCAAAGGAAUCCUUCCAGCCAAACAAAAAGAAGCUGAAAUCACCGAAGAUCAAAUUGUCUCAAUGCUCGAGAAUGCCAUAGAGAAGCGUACUGGUGGUGAGAAGCAGAAAAAUGUUGAAGACAUGAAUCUGGACGAAUUGGACGAACUUGAAGACUCCGAAGAUGAGAGUGUUCUAGAGGAAUAUCGUCGCAAACGAAUGGCAGAGAUGCGGGCAUUCGCAGAAAAGGCGCUUUUCGGCUCAGUGAGGGAAAUCUCCGGACAAGAUUAUGUCAACGAAGUAACCAAAGCUGGAGAAGGGAUCUGGGUUGUGCUGCACUUGUACGCAAAUGGUGUGCCGCUCUGUUCGCUCAUACACCAUCAUAUGCAACAAUUGGCCAUAAAGUUCCCACAAACUAAGUUCCUGCGGUCAAUAGCCACUACCUGCAUCCCAAACUUCCCAGAGAAGAACCUGCCAACAGUUUUUAUCUAUUACGAAGGCCAAAUGAGAAAGCAAUUCAUUGGUGCCUUGGAGCUUCGUGGUGAAAAAUUGACCACCGAUGAAUUGGAGUUCAUGUUGGGUCAGUGUGGUGCAAUUCCAACGGAAAUCAAAGAAGAUCCCAAGCAACAAAUUCGUGACAAAAUGCUCAGCGACCUGGAAUCCGUUGAUUUCUAUUGAUUUCGAAAUUAAAAAGCAAUGUGUUUAGGUUUUAAAUAUUUAUUUUUGUGUUCGAAUUUUUAUAUUCAAAUAAUAAAAAAAAGAAAAUGGAACCACAGGCUCCACGAAUAAUGA